GCUAUCACUUCCUGUUGCUUUCGUACCACUUCCGGUUACCUGAAGCUUGUAAACAAGAAUCCUCAUCGCUUGCAACAGACGUCUUUUGACAUGUUGCUAUUGAAAGGGUGGCGAUACGCCCUUGUUGUUGGUAGUUUAGUGGGUCUUACACUAGCUGCUGCUUAUCCUAUUAUUAUUGAUCCAUAUUUCAACCCCCGUAAAUGGCAGGAAUUACAAAAAGUUGCAAGAAAAGGAAUCGACAGAGAAAAAACUCAGCCUGGAGGAAUGAAAGUGUGGACAGACCCAUUUGCAAAGAAGGAAUGAGAAGGGAAAUAACUCAAAGAAUGUGUGAAAUGUUAAAAUGUAUUCAGAUAUGACUGUAGUGGCAGCUAUGCAGGUUGUUUUGUAUUGUUAAUAAAUCAAUAUUUAUAAAUUAACAA